AUGGAACAUGUCUCAUAUAAUAUCCCGACCCGCCCAAAACUCAAAUCGAUCAUCAUGUUCAUGCCGCAACAACGGACCGGGUCCAACAGCACUAACAGCAACGGCAGUCUGCUGACCCAGGCACUCUCUGCCGAACAGGCACAGCAACUCGCCCUCACCCCUCACGAACAACAGCAACAACAAUUACAGCAACAGCACCAACAGCAGCACCAACAGCAACAACAACAGCAACAGCAGAUGAUUUUAAUGCAACAACAACAACAACUGUACCAACAACAAUUACAACAACAUAAUCAACAUAAUCUACAGCAACAACAGCAAGAUCCAUUUCAAUUACUCUCGUCUUCAGUACCCAUCGAUGUCGACGCCGCAGACAGGAUGAACGCAACCAUUGCCACAACCGGAUUAAUCCCUGGCCACAAGGACGCCGUCAACGGCUUUGGGUCCACAAGUACAGGCGACUGGACCUCCUUCUUGGCAUCGGAGAACAUGGCCGAGCCCACCGACACAGAUAUGGAGCAAAUGCUCCAACAGGAUACCAACGAAGAGAACUGGACAACCGCCAAUCGCAACCACUUCAGCAUCCCCAACCCUCCUUCCUUCAUGGACCGAGCCGAACGCCAGCAAAAGCGUGAGAUCCCAACAGAGAUCCAACAACAACUUAUCCAUCAACAGCAACAGCUCUAUCAGUUCCAGCAGCAACAGCAAUUGCGACUCCAGCUUGAGUUGGCUAGUCAGACACAGCUCCCUCAAAGUCCUGCACCAGGCGGCUAUACUCCUGGUCACUACAACCAAAACUCUUACUUCCCACAAUACGUCAAUGGACUCGGCCAAUUUCCCUCAGGACACUCUCCAGCUGGCUCUCCACUGUCUCCAGGAAACUAUGGUGGUGAUGAUGACUACUUUUCGUCUCGCGUUGUUACUCCCGGACCUGCUGCCUCACCCGGCGGAACCUCCAAGAUCAAGUCGAGGCCUCGUCCCUCGACUGGGGGCGCUCGAGUUUCCCAGGGUGGUAUCAAGGCUCUCUUUGGUCUGGCGACUCCCAAGAGCAGCCGGGCUUCUCUCGAUCUCAAGUCCGAUCCAGCCUUGCAGCAGGGUCUUUCUGGUCUGAACCUCAAGGGUGUCGAUUCCAAGCUGGCUGCAAACAAGAAGACGUCGGCAGAGGCUAGUGGUCUUAGCGCUGCCCUCAGUGCUGCCGCAACUGCUGCUGGUACCCAGCGAUCUACUCAGAGUGCGACCACCACCCCAACAGGAGAGGUUCCUCCUGCCAUGACCCUUGCCGAACGUCGUGCCACAGCCGCUGCCAGCCAAAAACAACGGAGGGUCUCACUUUCGACAACACCCAACAAGGGAUCUCUUGUCCCUCCCAACCUUGGACUGGAUGCUCAGGCAAACAUCCAACUGCCGCCCAACUUGACGCCCGGAAGCGAGUCUUAUCCUCUCUCCAGCCCAGCGCUUCUUUCGACCUCAGCCUCGUCGCCCGCGCCCAUUCAAAUUGGCCGAGUCAUCCCCCGCAGCUCUUCCUCGCAGACCCGAACAGAGGAGCAGCAGAAGCAGCUGGAUGAUGCGAUGGAGCGUGUCGACUUUGACGAUGUUACCGUGGCCGAACUAAAAGAGAUGUUGCGCCAGCGUGGCAAGCAUGGUGGAGGUAAAAAGGCUGACUUGAUCAAGCGUCUUCAGGGAGAGAUCGACCAGAUACGUGCCAACCGCAAUGGAGGUGGCGCCCGUCUCAACGUGACACCCGGUGCCUCGGCCCCUAUGCCUAUUGGUUCGCCCGCCGCCAAUUCGCUUCACCGGACCAUGGGAAACAUGCAUCUUGGAUCGCCUCCAACUCACUCUCAGCUGUCUUCGUCCCCCACCAACCGUCGCUACAGCCCUUAUGGAGCUGGUGCUCCAUUGCCUUCGCCUGGCGGCACUGGCCAUGUGGUCGGUUCUCUUCCUGGAACGGUGACUCAUGGUUUCCCUACCAAUGGUCAGUCUCAAGCUGGGGCUGUCCAAGUACCGAUUGCUGGACUCUCGAGCAGCCUCCCAAGGAACAUUGCCAUGCCCACUGUUCGUGAGACGAGUCCUUUCCCUCCUGGAUCUCCUAGGAUGUCGUCGUUGCUCGGAUCGUCGUUCAUUUCAUCUGACGGUACAGUACAUCAGAACCCUGUCCAUCCUCAUAACCGUCAACAGACACCUACUGUCAACAGACGUUCAUCGCCCGCAGGUUACCCCAGCCCAGCCGGAAGCAGUCUUCGUAACAGCCAUAGCCCGGAGUCAAGUCCUAUGGAGGAAUCUGAGACGACGCCGGGGGGCAUGGAGCAGGACGGGCAGAGCCCCGGUACCGCGGAUAUGGGCAUGCUGUCGGACCCCAACCUGCUCGCUAUGAGUGGAGAUGCACUUACAAUGGAUACGGCCUUUCUGAUAGGCUUGAAUGGUGCCACUGCUGAGGGUCAGGACUUGUUUGCUCUACAUGGAGGUCGCGAACCCUCUGUCUCAGCUGCCUCUCCCUCACCUACGCCGUCUUACAGCUCAGUGUCGACUUCCAGGAGUCAAUUGCGACAGUAUAGUCCGUUGAGCCAGCAGUUGGCCUACCACCCUGUCGAUUAUGGCUUGAGUCAUUCACAUGCCCUCUAUGACGAUGCCUGUGUCCCCCACCGUGCCAGCAGCAUCGAUAUUCAGCGCGUUGAAGAUGAAUUCCUCACAUUGUCUCCAGCUCUGAUCACAGGCCACCCAAUGGACCACGCACUGGGAUCACAGAACGCACCAAGCGGUCUCAGUCACGUCCUCCAACGUCAACAGGAGGCAUUGAACCAAAAGGCAGCAGGCAACGCCAUGGCCAGUCAACCACCCAACUACUUGCAUGUCACCCAACAGGGCAUGUUUGAUUUCGACAGCCAUUUCCAUAAUGUCAGCGAUAGUAGCAAUAGUGAGGAGCAACAACAGCAGCAUCAGUCUAUUAACCAGGAUGAUCUGGAUAUGCUGCUUUUGGGUCCUCAAGGCGGGAUUUCGUUCCAUCAGCAGUCGUCGUCGAGUGAUCCUAACAACUUUAACAGGGAUGGUUUCUGGUGA